AUGGACUACAUGGACCCUUACAGCCGUCGUUACCCGGGCCUGACCGUACAGCCCUUCGCCGGCCAGCAACAUGCGCCUCCUCAAGGUCCCCAGUACGCGUACUGGAACCCGCUUGUGGCGUACUACCAACAACAGCACCGGGCGGGCGCCAUGAUGGGCCAGGGGGGCAUGCAGCUCUCGAAGCCGGCAGAACCCAAGCCAAGGCUGGCGAAGGACGAGGUGGAAUUGUUGGAGCGGGAAUUUGCGAAGAAUCAGAAGCCGAGUAGCAGCACCAAGCGCGAACUGGCCGAGCAAAUGGGCGUUGAGGUGCCGAGGAUAAAUAAUUGGUUCCAGAAUCGCCGGGCGAAGGAGAAGCAAAUGAAAAAGACGGCUGAGUUUGAGGCGCAACAAGCGAGGGAGAGGGCGGCUUCCGAAGCCAAGUCUACUGGCGACCAGGAUCACGGCGUGAGCCCAAGCACCGAGUUCUCCGACUCGAACAAUCAGCAACACCCGCUUCAAGGCUUGUCCACUGCCGCCUUUGGAGAAAACGAUAGCAGAACAGAGGGCGAUUAUGCCGCGACCAAGAGCGAACCCACUAACCAUCAGGCCGCAACGCCAGCGUCGGCUACCGCGGCAUGCGAGAGUAGUCCGUCAGGUUCCGAAAGCGGUGGCUUCGCCCAUGUCAAGUAUGAGCCGUCGGCGGCUUCCGCGCCCCAGACGCAGGGAAUGCCAGAGCUGGCGCAGCCGUCGGCCCCAACCGGCUCCUUCGAGGACACACAGGAGCGAAUCGAGUUCCACCAGCAGCAGACAGUUUUUCCUUUCAGGUUAUCAGGCGCAACGGCGGGGGAUGGCCUGCCACGCCCGGACUUUGAUGCACUGAACGCCCACCACGGCAUCGGCAUAAACGAUGCGGAUGCAUUCAGUCCGUUUGCCGAACAGGACUACUUUGCAACUCCUUCAAUCUCCCAGUUACCCUCCGAGAUGGUGGUUGCCUCGAGCGCACCGACCACUUUCAACGAUCAGCUGCUCCGGCAUCAGGUGUCAGUGGAGAGUCUCGCGACAUCUGACGCUGUCUCGCCAAUGUCAAUGCCCGACUCGCCCUCGACGAUCGCGGACCUGCGCUUCAAAUCCCCGCCUCCGCCCGCCGAUAUCGCGGCCCGCCGCAAAAGCAGGCGACCGGCCCCGUUAGGACUGUCGUCAUUGAGGGGCGGGCCCGGGCCGAAGACCGGCAUUGAGGUGCCAAGACGGUCGGACACGGUGAGCCCGAUGAGGCGGAUAUCAUCGGCCACGGGUCUCUACGGGCGCGUGCAGAAGGCACAAUUAAUCGGCCCGGGCGGCCCGCGGUCACCCUUCACGAUGGACCGGACCAGGGAGGCGCUGCUCCAAAGUCUACAGGAAACGACACAGGCCCCGGCAAUGGCAUCCCUGAACAGCGCCAUGUCUCCGAUGAGCACGGAGGGGAUGCUCGGCUCCAGUACAGGGGAGUGCGUUCUGGGCGUGAACGGUCAACAAGAGGAUGAGCAAGGUUACCCAUUCGGUUCAUUGGGUGCUGUGAGCGGGAUCCCCUUGUACAACGCGGAGCCCGCCAUCAAGUCUCCGCCGGGAACGCCGGGCGUGGCGAUGGGCUUCCAUGAAUCCUACUUCCCAGGCCCGUUCGACCAGACGUGGAAUUACGUGCCGCAGGACGAGCCAUUGCCGACGCCGAGUCUCUGCAGCCACGGCGGGUCUGAAGUCGAAUUCUCAAUGGCGCCUCAGCUUCCAGGCUAUGUGGCCAGCCAGCCGGUGACACCGUCGUUUCCGCCCACUAUGGGGCCGACAUAUACCGGCUUCUUUGGCACCAGUCUUGGGCAAACCGAGUAUCACUUUCCCGACUCAUACCCGCCCGAGUCGUCGGCUCGCUCCUCACCCGUGGCCCCUCCGAGAUCAAAGCAGUUCCAGUUCGCCCAGAACGUUACUCCCCAGGACUUCACCACGGACAAGUCAUGA